AUGGAUUACGAUUCUAAAAGAGGGUGUUAAUUUUGGAUGUAUAAAAUGUUUAGAUCAAAUUAAUAAUCGUAGAGACAUUAUCUAUUUAUACCAGAUGUAAUUAAUAACAAAAUAAAUAGAUAAUUGAAAACCCAAAUAUUGUCAUACCUCAUUUACCCAUAAAUGAAUAAUAUAUAUCCUUUUAUGAAAAUUUGGAUAAAUUUUCUGAGGAAUAAUUAGAAAAAUAUUAUGGAGAUUUGGAAACUACACUCCAUUUUUUAUGUGAGUUAUUAAAAAAUUUAAUUCAGAAUGGUAGAGCAAAUCUAGAAGAAUUCAAAAAGAAGUGUAAAGAACAUAAAGAAUAGCUAUAUCAAGUAUAGAACAAUAUAUUAUUUUUAGCAAUUUAAGAUUCAAGAAAUUAGUGAACUAAUUUAAGAGUUUGAAUCAUAAUAAAACCAAGAUGCCCAGGAUUAAAUUGAAAAAAAAUUAAUUGAUCUAAAAGAAAAAAUGAAUGAAGAUUUAAUGAAAGAAUAAAACAGUAUUAUAAAAAAGAUAUAUAAUGAAACCUCAUUAGCAAUAGAUAAGUAAUAUAUUAUAAAUAUUUUUAGAUUCAAUUUGAAUUGCAAUUAAUAAAUUAAAGAUUUUUCCAAUUAAAUAAAUAGAAAUAUAUCAUCAUUAAAAGAAUUCUUCAAAAAAUCAUUUAUCACUUAAAAUACUUAAAAAUAAAUAUUCAGUCUUUUUAAUUCAAAUCAAUACGCUAGAUCAAGUGAAAUAUAGUUAUAAAAUCAAUCACAUACAAGCUUAAUUGAAGUAGAUAGAUCCAAUUGUUUAUUUUUCACAAACAAUUUCCCUUAUUUUUUUCCAAGAUUGUACCAUAAUAUUAUCUUGAUCAUAUUAUAAAAUAAGUAAAUUAUUAUAUGGGUAAAUUUUUGUCUUACAAUAAUGAAAUUCAACUUAAAGCGUAUAGUAUAUUUGAGCCAAAAAGUUAAGAGAUUGUCAAUAAAAAACAUUUUUGGAAAUUAAAUCCCUAACUAAAAAGUAAUGCUUAAUUAUUAAUUUUUAAAUCCAAUAAUGAUGGAAACCACAUUUUUGGUUAUUUCAAAAUUAGUUUGGUAGAAUUUAUUUUUUCAUAUACUCAUAAUGAAAUUUAUCCUAAAAAAUAAAUGAUACAAAAUCCAUUUUAAAAUGGUGGAUUCGUUAAAAAUUUGUAAUCAAAAGCUUAAACUGAAAUUGAUAGUUUUAUAGUAGGGGAUUCUGAUUUACAAAUACAUUCUAAUUUAAUUGAUGGAAAAUCUAUGCUGGGUUAAGAAUUCUUAUGGGAUAGUUAAAAAAAUGAUAUAAAAUAAACAGAAUAUUUGUUUGGAGGAGCAAAGCCAAAUAUCUAGAUUUGUGAAGUAUUUGAUUUUUGA